AUGGGAGACAUAUUUACUUUUGAUGAUGAGUCGUUCGCCAAACAGGCAUCUGAUCUCAAUAUCAGAGACUCGACCAGAAGACGCUCAUCUGUGUACAGACGUAUUUCUAUACGGCCUUCUUCCGUGGCAUCACAUAACCUGGAAUUGGUGAUUCCCUCGAACUUCAGCGAUGUACGUGAAGAAGAAUCGGGUAAAGCUUCUUACAAAAAAGCACUUCAGGACUUUGUGCCCAUAAGAGUUCUUGGCCAAGGUGCUUACGGCAAGGUUCACUUGGUUCAAGAUAAGCUGACGAAAAAGUUAUAUGCUCAGAAACAAUUAAGGAAGCCUGUCAUUCCUAUUGUAGAGGAGUUCAAUGGUAUCCAUUCCAACCACGUGAAACGGACAAUCUACGAAAGACAGAUCCUCAGCAACAUCAACCACCACCCAAAUAUCGUCAAAUUGUUUCAUGCAUUGCAAGAUAAAGAUAAGUUUUAUCUCAUCUUAGAGUACAUUCCUGGAGGAGAGCUAUUCCACCAUUUGACCAGCAACAACUCGUUGGGCAGUGCAUUCAAAGAGGACCAUGUUGCUUUCUACAGCGCACAAAUGGCAUUGGCGUUGAGACACUUGCACAAGUUGGGAAUAGUCUACAGAGACUUAAAGCCUGAGAACUGUUUAUUGGACAGCAGGGGGAACUUAGUAUUAACCGACUUUGGAUUGUCAAAAGAUAUUGGGGACGGGGAUGAGAAUUGUAAGUCUGUUAUAGGUACUCCCGAGUACAUGGCACCAGAGGUCUUAAAAAGUGUCGAUUGGUGGUCUCUUGGGUGUGUAAUCUACGACAUGAUGAGUGGUAAGGCACCGUUCACAGGAAACUCCCAUAAGAUCAUCCAAGAUAAAAUCUUGACCAAGAAGUUGAUCUUACCGUUCUAUUUCUCCUUGGAUGCGAAAGACCUUUUAAACAAACUCUUGAAUAAAAGCCCCGAAAAAAGAUUCAAGGUCGAUGAUCAGUGGCCAAAGUUCACCCAGCACCGGUUUUUUAGAAAGCUAAACUGGAACAGUUUAGAACUCCAAGAUGAUUCAGUAGUUCCACCAAUUAUUCCUGUCAUAACAGACCCGAUAUUAGCAGAGAACUUUUCUCCUGAAUUCACCAACCAAAAGGUCAGUGACUACAAUACUGACCAAGCAUUAAACAUUCCCGUCGACCGCCUGGCGUCUCCCUACGAUUUUUUCGAAGGGUUUAGUUAUACUGCUCCUAAUAGCUUUAUAGACAAGUAUAGCUGA